AGAAUAGCAAAAACUGAAAUGAUGAAAGUUAUGGAAAAAUGCUUAUUGUAGGAGGAUGUCACGAACUGUCAGUUGUGUCAAGGAGUUUAUUUUGCUAUCAACCUGGUUGGUUGUCGCACAAGGAGCUGCUAUCAACCUGGCGGAUGGAAACUUCAACAUCACAGGUAAUGGAAUUAACGGUGAAGGUACCUUUACACUUGCCAAUGGCACGUCAGAAAUCAACCUUCACAUGGUUGUUGGAGAAAUGGCUCAAAAACAAGAGGUUGUCAUCGCAGCGGACAAACCAGCUCCGGUAAAUUCACUCAAAACAGCUCAGAGUGAUCACACAGAAACAGAGCUCUCGUUUACAAGAGAAGAUGAAGAGUUUCUGGACGAAAUGGCAGAGGAACAUAACAAGCUCCGUUCAAUUCAUCUAGCUGCUCCUCUGAUGAAGAACAGAAACAUGUCGCUCCAAGCAAAGGCUCUCGCGAUUCAACUUGCAGCGGAAGCAAACCUACGGCAUUCAGACAAAGCCAGCCGCCCAGACCAAGGGGAAAACUUGGCCAUGGGAUGCACCUCCUCUGGCCCUGGGAUCACAGCUAAAGAUGCGGCGAAGGAAUGGUAUGAUGAGGUAUGUAGUCACAAUUUCUACAAUCAGGCUUACCAGGACAAGUCUGGUCAUUUCUCUCAGCUUGUAUGGAAUGCUACAAGAGAGUUAGGCGUUGGCAAAGCUACAGGGACCAAAUUUGGCAUGAAUUGUACCUUCAUAGUUGCCCGCUACAGACCUCUUGGCAACGUCGGGUCAGAGUUUGCAAACGAUGUGAGCAAAGGACACUUUGACUCAUCUUAUUGCAGCAAUGUUCAGCGUGAUGUCUUGCCUCAUCACGGAGAAAAGUCCACCAUUGCUUCCAGAAAGAACAGUUACAGGACCAAAAUACCACGUUUUCCAAAAAUCAUAAUUUUGUAAACAUUGAUUGGGACGUUAUUGUCGAAGAGGGCCGAGAAAUAACUUCAGCUUAAGUGCUUAUGAAAAUAAAGAUUCUUACCAGAGGUGAAAGUGGUGGUUCACCCAAAGCAGUUCGGACGAGUUUAGUCGUCGAAUGUCUUUAAUUGCUCCCUUUAUUAGAAAAUAAUUCGAACGUAAAAUAGUAAAUACUUCAAACGUAUUUAUGCUUGAAUCAACUGUAUAAGAUUUUGUAAGACAUUUGUUUAAACUUAAACUCGUGAAGGAAAUAAAGCUAUUAAAACUUGC